GUAGCUAAAAGCUAGUUAUAAAACAUCCAAAUUAAAUUUGGACAUAUAGAAUCUAAGACAUAAUUAUCUAUAUAUAUGGUGUAGUACUAAAUAACUCAUUCUAUGUUAUCUGAUUUGUAACGUUCCUAACUACGUACAUCAUCAAAUAUAUAUAUUGCCUUCAAUUCAAAUCAAUUAAACUAUAUAUGGGGGCGGCUAAGGAAGAGCUUUGCUCCAACUAUGUUAUGGUGAAACCUAAAGGAGCAGCUGCUAGCUUCUCUGGUUUCCUGAGGUUCUUGAUCAUCUCAUCAGCUGGCUGGUUGAAAACCCGAGACCUUCUCGAUUCUCCGACGGAGGCCGCCCCCGGGCGGUUGUGCUUUCGAACCCGGUGCCUCAUUGUCGUCUCCGUUAUCGUUAAAAAUGUUCUCAUUUACUUGAAAGUGCCGUUGGCAUGGUUAGGAUCCAGCUUAGAGAUAUUUCUCAACUAUCCUUCCUUUAACGGUGGUUAUGUCCGCCUCAUUCUCAAUUUUCUUACAGGAAACGUGGUUAGGCCGGAACCGACAUCGGAAAAUUUUAGAUCAUUACUGGCAAUCCUGGACAAGAGGGUUAACUUCGACCCCGAUAUCAAAAAUGGGGACAGCCGAUAUACACCACUAUUGUCUAUUAUGGCUGCUAAGCUAUCGUAUGAAAACGAAGCCUAUAUUCAAAAAGUAAUCACCGAUAACUGGAAGAUGGAGUUUUUGGAGUUCAAGAAUUUCCAAUGCGGUAAAAAAACAUUGCCUCUCUCAUAAGCGCACAGCUACAUUAUACUAUUGUACUACGUAGUUUCAAAGAAACGAUCACUAUCAUUUAUUUAUUUUUAUAUUUCAACUUAAAUUAAAUAUCAACAAAUAUUCCGCAAAAGGAAC